UCGAAUCUGUGCCUAAAAGCCUCUCCCUCUCUCCUGUGUCUGAGCUUUUGCUGUUUAAGAUAGAGAGAGAGAGGGAGGGGGGGGGGGGGGGGAGCCAGAAACUAGAAUGGCGAGCAGUUCAUUGGAUGAUGUGCCCUCCGUUGAUCUCAUGUCGGAGCUCCUUCGCCGCAUGAAGUGCUCCACAAAACUAGACAAGCGCCUCAUUCUCAUCGGUCCUGGCUCAGGAAAAGGAACCCAAUCACCACUUAUUAAGGAUGAAUACUGCUUGUGCCACUUAGCUACUGGUGAUAUGUUAAGGGCUGCUGUUACUGCCAAAACUCCCCUUGGAAUCAAGGCUAAGGAGGCUAUGGACAAGGGAGAACUUGUCUCGGAUGACUUGGUUGUUGGGAUCAUAGAUGAAGCAAUGAAGAAACCUUCAUGCCAGAAAGGUUUCAUUCUUGAUGGAUUUCCUAGGACUGUAACCCAAGCACAGAAGCUUGAUGAGAUGGUUGAGAAGCAGGGAGUUAAGGUUGAUAAGGUGCUCAAUUUUGCAAUUGAUGACUCAAUUUUGGAGGAGAGGAUUACUGGUCGCUGGAUCCACCCUUCUAGCGGUAGAACUUACCACACUAAAUUUGCACCUCCGAAGGCAUCUGGAGUUGAUGAUGUAACUGGGGAACCUUUGGUUCAACGCAAAGAUGAUACUGCAGCUGUAAUCAAAUCUAGGUUGGAGGCAUUUCACAAGCAAACCGAACCGGUCAUUGAUUAUUAUGCGAAGAAGGGCAAUGUUGCUAAUCUUCCUGCAGAGAAACCUCCGAAAGAGGUUACGACUGAGGUUCAGAAAGUGCUCUCCUCAUGAGGGUGGGCCAAUUCGACUUACUGAGGAUUUGUUUUUCUUCAUACAAGUACAAGAUGUUCAUGGAUUGCUGUUUAAAAUUAAUUUAUCAAAGACACUUUAAAACACACUGAUCCUUUGGGUUUUCUUCCAUUUUGGCCGGUAGGGUGGACGUCCCCGCCCUCUGUUAUCAGGAUUGAGGUUUAAACUGAGCUCUGGCGAAUAAAAGGUCUAUGGUUUUAGGCUUCUUUUAUGAGAUCUGUAGCUUUGACUUAGUCUCCCAGCAAUACAGCAUUACAUCUGAUUCGAA